AGCCCGGAUACAUUUAAGACAUACCGCACGAAUUCACAAAGAGUAUUGAUGGAGAGGGUGUGGAGGUUUAUUUCAGUCUCCAAAUUGAGGGAAAGAUUACUGUGAGGAGCAAUGCCGACCGUGGUUCUGAUGGACGUGUCCUUGUCCAUGACACGGCCUGUGUCACUGGACGGUAGUGAAGAGUUUCAAAGGAAGAACCUGGCAGUUCAUGGACUCACUAUGUUAUUUGAACACAUGGCCACCAACUACCGUCUGGAGUUCACAUCACUGGUGGCAUUUUCCUCACUCUGGGAGCUCCUGGUACCCUUUACUAGAGACUACAACAGUCUGCAGGAAGCCUUGAGCAACCUAGAGGACUAUGACAAAACCUGCCUUGAGUCAGCACUGCAGGGAGUCAAUAACGUUGUACAGCAGGAGUGGGGCAGUGGUUGUCCCUGCCAGGUGGUGCUAGUGACUGAUGGUUCUUUGGGCAUAGGAAAGGGCUCUCUGCGGCAUUCCCUUCAGACUUUAAAGCAUCGUUCAGAGGACAAGAAAUUCCCACUGCCUUUCCCUUUCCCAGCCAAGCUGUUUGUCAUGUGCAUCGCCAACGCAGAAGAGCUCCAGACCACCGACACCAUGGAUAACUUGGAGCAGCUUCUAAGUCUAAACAGAGGGGAGGGACAGAUCUUCACCAUGGAGGGACCAUUGUGCCUGAAGAGUGUCCAGGCCAUGUUUGGGAGGCUGAUUGACCAGGCGUACUCGCCCUUCCAUGCAGUCCUCCGCUGUGGGAACCUGUCCUCAGACGUUCAGGUUUUCCCUCGGCCCGAGCCUGUGAUCGUGGACGAGGAGGUGGACCCUAUGCCCAGGACAGUCCAGACAGAUCUAGAGAUUGUGGGUUUCAUUGAAAUAGGAGACAUCUCCAGUCCGCCGGUCAUAUCCAGACACUUGGUCCUUCCCAUCGCUGUGAUCAAAGAGGCGGAUGAGAUUGGCACAAGUAACACGGAUGAAGCAGAGGAGGAGCCGUCAGCCAAUCAGAUGGCGGGGAAGAGCCCCAACUUCUGUGUCCUUUUGCAUGGUAGUCUCAAGGUGGAGGGCAUGGUGGCUCUGGUGCAGCUGGGGCCUGAGUGGUAUGGUAUGCUGUACUCCCAAGCAGACAGCAAGAAGAAGUCCAACCUGAUGAUGUCUCUGUUUGAGCCUGGGCCUGAGCCUCUUCCCUGGCUAGGCAAGGUCUCCCAGCUGGGGCCCAUCUCAGAUGCUCUUGAAAACCCUUAUGGAGAGGAUGACAGCAAAAGCCCCUUUCCUGUGCAGCCGAAGAUUAAACGUAGCUAUGGUCAGAAUGUCACAGUGUGGAUCAAAGCCAGCGGACUGCAGACGGAUGUCCAAAAGAUUCUGAGGAAUGCAAGGAAACUACCAGAGAAGACUCAGACCUUCUAUAAGGAGUUAAACCGGCUGCGGAAAGCUGCCCUGGCCUUUGGCUUCUGGGAGCUGCUGAAGGGGGUGGCGGAGCUGUUAGAGAGAGAAUGCACCCUGCUCCCAGACAACGCACACCCAGACGCUGCCUUCCAGCUGUCCCAUGCUGCCCAGCAGCUGAAGCUGGCCAGCACAGGCGACUCUCAGUAUGCCGCCUUUGAUCACAACAUCGCCCCCAUGCACACAGACUUCUCAAGCUGAGCCGGCUCAGGACGAAGAUCUGGGAAGAAGGAUGCAGGAGAAGUCUUCUCAUGGAGACUUGUAUUUGAUUGAAAUGACCUUGAUGUGAACAAUGGACAGCUGUUGUUCUGCGAUUGUGAACCACCGCUUGCAGAGCAAACAACUCAUGUUUUUACUAAUACAGACCAUAAGCACUCUGCUUGUGAUGCCCUUUUUGUUUACCAAAUGUUGUGUACAUAUAUAGCAUUUUAUAAGUGUUUCUAAUAAAUAUAAUUAGUCACCA